CGGUUUCUGCUUGUCAGCCUCGUCGUGUGACGCAACACUCGUGAUUAACGCGUUCUCCUUGUCGUCGUCGUCGUCGUUCUUCUCAUCGUCGUUAUCGUCGUCAUCAUCGUCGUCACGACUGUGAUUGGCGUCGAACGUGCCGAAGAGACACGACGACGUCACCCGCGACACAUUAUUCCGAGGACGACACAUCAGGACGCGUCUCCUGACGUUGGGCGGUGUCAGGUUAGGUUCCUGUCAAGGAGAGUAACGAGAGAAAAGCCGCCAAGCUGGCGAGCCUAACGAGCUGCGUGCCGAUGAUGGACGAUGAGGAGCAGGAGGAGCUCCGUUGUACCGGAAGCGACGUCGAGAUCGAGGAGUACACCGACACCGAGGAGUCGCCAUAUGUCGCUUAUCAGGCCAGCAGCGAUAAGCUGUUCGAUACCGACCGCGAGAACUGGCAGAAGCUCCGUUUCCUGGCGACCCUCGCGUCCGUCGCGGUAUCAGUUACCGUCCUCGUUAUCAGCUAUCCGCUUUAUCUCGAGAGCGUCGCCGCUGUCUCCAGCGCUUACACAGGACUGCUCUUCACCGCCUUGUGCUCUGCCUGCAUUCUGGGGGUGGUGUAUGUUAUCGUGGAGAGGGUGUCGCCGCCGCCACCGCUGAUACCGAAUAGUAUGCGCGUCAAGAUACCCCGCUGUGGCCUGAUCAAACUAAGCACUUUGUACGCUCUCUCAGGAAUCCUGGUUACCCUCUCCCUUGAUCGGCACAGAGUACUAUGCCAUUUGCAGGAUCCGAUAAAAAGCAUCACUCUCGUCUUCUCCCUCGUCUUCUACUUCUUUUUUUGUCGGAAAAUGAUGAGCCUGCAGCGAAUAUUUUCGAGCACGACUAUAAUAGUGGGUCUGUUCAUAAGCGUCGAUUACGGUCUCUGUGAUCAGUUUCGUUGCCGGGGAAGGGAGGUCUCCUCGCACACGACAACCAGCAUGAGGGGUUCCUGGGGUGUUCAGGCAGUCUGGACGUUCGUUUACGUGGGUGCCCUCGCCGCCUUCGCCAUGUUCUUCACCAUGCUCGAGCGACAUUAUACUACCGCGCAGCAGAACGUAUGCCAGAUGUUGACGACGCAACAGAACUCUUUUCUCUAUACGGUGUCCCGUCUGGUGUCCUCUCGCGAUAUUCGUCGUCGUGGCUCCGAGGACGAGGGUGGGCGACUGCUGCACGUGACCGAUCCGGACCCCACGAUAAAGCCGAAGAGCUACCCUAAGCCACCAGUGAUACAAACCCUCUUUUACAUACACGUCAUCGCUUUUUUUGCUAUCCUGACGCUCUGCUGGCUCGAUACUUUGCCUGGCAUCGGCAGGGGUUUGUCGCCCGUCGAACUCUAUCGUACCGUCGAGCACGGGCUGGUGUGCCACUUCAAAGGCGGCAAAUUAUGCUCGAACGUGUCCAGCCACGGGUGGACUUUUAUAUUCGCUUACGUCGUUUUCUCGAUUUCGAUCCUCAACUUCCUGUCGUUGUGCGAGAGCGCGGUGUUCAGCGUAGCCACCGCGACCCUGUCACUUCCACUAUCCGGUAUCUGGUGGAGCCUUUACAGAAUGGACGUUGGUCUACACGGCGGUUCCAUCAGCUGGUCGCCGGGAGUGACGGGCGAGCUGAUCUGCGCUUUGCUCGGUCUUCCAGUCGUGCUGCUCGGCCUGGGCCUGCUGGUCCGUUCGCACUUCAGGGACACGCAACAUCCCUACCAGACAAUUCAGCCACCAGACAUCCAGCCGCCGCACGAGCCGUGUCACAGAUGAAUCUACCCUUAUGGCGUCUUCUAAGUCCCGAUCUCGCGACGAGGUCCACAACAUUCGCGGGAACGGAGUCCGAUCAAUUCGAAUCUCCACUUUGGUACCUGCGAUCGAGUCGAUCGGAACGAACGAUUCCUAAGACAAGACGCAGUCCACGCCAAGCUGGAUAAUUGAUAAUGUUAUUGUUGUACACUUGACGGAUAUAUUUUGUCGACUGUUCCCAGGUUACACCGAGAUCCUCCGAGAUCCAUGCAGCCGUCUACGUUUUGCCGCGAUCCAACUUUUUUCACGGCUGCUUCGACCGACGUCAGUUAACUCCGAGAGCGAUCUGAAUCGAGUUCUUUCUUUCCAGGAACGCGGUUAGGAAGAGGGAAGUUUGCUAAUCGCUAGACGAGAUAAUUAACUCGUUCCACCGAGCGGUCUUUUUACCUGAAUUUUUUGUCUCAAAUAAUAUUCAUCGUCGGCUUUUUCAGCCGGGAUUAAUUUUAUCCGCUGUGGGAAGACAUCUGCUGCAGGAUAAUAAAGUCACCACGGAGAUUAAAUCGGGGACAAAAUUAACUGACGUUGGUGAAAAAUCGGCCAUGGGUUGCUGGACGACGUUACAGUGUUAAAUGCAAUUUUAUGCGAGCGCGUCCGCGAAAUUCUCUUUUUCCAAACGCGGAAAGCUUGCAGCGCGCACGGGCGCGCGCGCUUUUGUGAUACAAAAAAGCGCCAAUACCGAUGUCUCCUCUCCGGAAAGAGAAAACGGAUGAGGACGGUGCAUGGGGAAGUAAAGAGAGAGCGAUCAAUGUUUCCUACGUAUUUGCCAAAACGUAAAUGUCCGCGUUCCGUGAGGGAGACGCGCGCGACAACGUUAUAGCCAAUUUAUAUUUUAUUUUGAUAACGAGAUGUUUUAUAUAUUUUCGAAGAAGUUCAAAUUAAUAUGUGUCAAGAACGCGGGUAAAAGAAUAACGAGACAAAACGUGCAUUGUACAUUUUUAGCUGCAAGCCUGCGUGCACAGGAGCUGCCUGGCUGAAAGCGCUCUCAAUUAAGUUAAUUAAUUAAUUAAUUCUCGCAUUCGAGCGUGUUCGCCAUCGAAAAAUGGAACUCGGAAGAGUGAGAAGGAAGGAACUUGCCGCGAUUAUUUGAUCGCUUUCAGAUUAGAAGAAAAGCUAAUUGAAUUUGAUUAAAUGCUCGAAAUAGCACCGAGUUGCCAGUUACCCACCGUGCGGUUCGUGUCUAUUAAAAAAUCGCGAAUUUACUAAAGUUUGUUGGAGGACGCUUAUUGCCAGUCUGAAUUUACGGCUGUCACUCAAAUUUAAUCAUGUAAAUUGCGUUCGCAGUCCUGUGCGCGCGGGUCAAACGAUAGUAGUUUUGACUUCGUCAAAAACGAAAUCUUUUACAAAGAGAGGCCGAGAGAGAUAGAGAGUAUUACGUGCCACAAUUUGCAGUUUCCACGUUGAAAUACUAAAAUAAUAAGCUAGUGACUGAGAGAUACGAUGCGCACGCGUGCGUAUGUAUGUGCGUGUGAUACCUCCCUACGACAUUCUAACGAUAUAGACAUUACGCUAUCAGUAACUUGAGCGCACAAACUGUCUCAAACUAGUUGUGCCCCGACUAGCAGCGCGCGGCAUUUUGAUCCCACCGACUAUAAAACUCGUCUGUGGAUGAAAGUUACCAAAUAACGUUAACGUGCUCGUUUACGCGUUGUUAGCAAAAAUUCCCGUCGGGGCGUGUCCUCCUCUCGCUAAUUAGAGUGCCAAUUAUGCGCGAUUAACGCGCCUCUGUGCAUCUUCACGUCAUCGCGUAAAAUUUUCAGUAAUUUCUAGUUCUGUUUUAUAGGUGUUUCCUUUUCUGCACGUAAUAGAUACAAUUAGAAUAAGUUUAAGCAUUUAUGGUGAUUAUACUUACGUACAAUUAAAAUUACGUAAAUUAAUAAUGUAAUAAUUACAUUUGCGUUGCGUUUUAUGAAUUUUCUGUUACUUUCGUUGUUAUAGAAUUCUGCGCUGAUCAAGCGAUCGUUAAUCUUGAUUUCUUUAUUCAUUUUCUGUUCGCUCAUAGUGUAGUCAGCAAAUAUUGUUGCCUGUUAAGUUCUUGUUUUCUUUUGUUAAUUUUAGACUUAAAAUUUUGUAAAAGUUUUCUACGGUUUUUUCUUUCUUUUCCCAUUCUUCUUUCUUCCUCCUUGACCGCGGGAUAUCCCGUCAGUUAUCUCGCAAAAAGUUUCGAGGCGAUCUCUUUACUCUGACUUUGUACUCCUCCUUCUCCCCGGAAUGCAAAACUGCUAAAUGCUGAUAUUAAUCAAAAAACUUCUUUAAAGAGAACAAAACGGAAAAUCAAAAGUUCAAAAGCGGCUCAGAGUGAUCUCAGAGUAAACGAAACGAUUCGUGCCAAACCUGCGAGUCUCGAGCGACUCGACUUAAACUAAGUAUUCAUGCGUUUGCGUAGUGGUCUCGCGUUACUAUUUCGAGAUAAUAUUUAUAAUACUAUAAUGAUGAUAAUAACAAUAGUAAUAAUGCAUAAGUGUAUCGUUAUUCGUGUCAUGUGUCAGAUCGACAGCGCAGCGUAGCUCGUUGACGACGAUUACCGAAUCCAGGCUGUAAUGUAGACCGUAAAUAAGUGGUAAAACCAGAAGGAAAUGCCGUUAUAACUUCAUUGAAUGAGGGUGCGUCGAUGUCGUGUAUUCUCGUCGGAAGGAAAGCAAGCUAUACGUCCAGAUUUUUUACAAUAGCAGUACAAUAGCGAGGGCGUUUUAAGGGAAAGUAAUUAACUAACGGCUGACUGAGUGCAACGAUAAUAAAGUUAGUGCGCCACUCUCCUUGUUGCAGCUUUGCCGGUAGAUCGGCUACCGCUGAGUGUCGUCAAUAGCAGUAGCAAGCCUUCUCUCUCGUAACGAAGUUCAAUAUACUCUCGUGCUGUUUAGCAUAUAAACAAUUGAGAUAAUUGAAGGCUCUGGCACAGGAAAUCCAUUUCAAAAGCUUAUUUCGCGGUAAGUCCGUUUUACGGAAAUUACACAAAUUGAUCGGUCUUGAUGCUUUUCACUGAUGCAGAUGAUUUAUUCGUUAAAUUGAUCUUGACAUUUGACGAGUCUGUUUAAAACUUAAUUAUCCUUCUUUUCCUUUUUAGAAGCAAACGUAGGUUCACAGAGUUUGAGCUUUAUCCUCUACCGGAACCUCCAAUUUUGUACAAGAACAAGUUUCUCUUACAUAUAUACCUUUCUAUAUAUGCAUACAUAUAUAUUUAUUUACCUAUUAACUUUGUGGAAUACGAGUAUGCGGCGUGUAGUGUGUAGAGAUAUAAUAAUUCAUUUAUAGGUGCUAGUAUACGCUGCACAAUUUACAUACAUAAUAUAGGUAUAAUAUACAUACAAAGAGUUCAGAUACAGGAAUUGAAGUGCAAUUUAAAAAAUUGUUAAACUCUCAGCGUUUCCUCGUUCAUUUCAUUGAACUGGUCCCGAUAACAAGACUCGAUUAAAAUUUAUUUUGAUUGUGCACAUGACUCUCUACACGAUUAUCGAGAUAUCGUAAUUUUGAAUAUGUUUGCACAAAAGUAUACUCAAUUGCGAUUUGAUUUUACAAGAAAUAUCAUUUUCAUUUUUGGGGCAUUUCAUGGCAGAAAUGUAGCUAAAUACUCAUUAACCAUUUUAAUGGCAGUGAUGGAUAACGUAUUCUUUUAACAAAGUUCGCAGUAUUUACCUGCUUUUUUCCUAUUACUGCAAUCGUCACGUAUCCUGUACAUGAAACAAGAAUUUCCAUGACGAACGAUACAGAUCUUACACGAGAUGCUAAUGAAA